AUGGUUGCGGCGAGUCCUUUUUUCCGAGGGACAUGGACGUUGAAGAGGUUUAACGCUACCAUCAUCAACGAUGUAUGGCCAGAGGUCGCUUUCUUCUCUUUGGUUGCAUCCAUGGUCUGCUUAGUUUCAAAAAAAACUGAGCAUCAUCUUGGGAUCAACAAUCAGCUUUUGACUGUAUUGGGUACGGUUCUUGGUUUGGUUAUUUCAUUCAGAACAUCUUCAGCAUACGAGAGGUAUCGUUGA